GAGCAGCUGAUCUUGUUUUGUGCUGAAGUCGAGUUCCUCAUCAUGUGAUGAGGGAGAGUAGCCCGGGUGCUGUUGGGGCUGGUCCUCUCUCUCCGUUUGGGAGCUGGCGCUGAGCAGGGACAGGGAUGACACUGGAGGAUCCGUUUGUAUUGGUGAGAGGAGAGGUUCAGAAGGCAGUGAACACAGCACGGGGACUGUACCAGCGAUGGUGGGAAUUACUGCAGGAUAAACAGGCUGUCAGCAAGGAAGAAUAUGACUGGACGACUAAUGAGCUCCGUAACAGUCUGCGCAGUAUCGAGUGGGAUCUGGAGGACCUGGACGAGACGAUCGGCAUUGUGGAAUCAAAUCCUCGGAAGUUCAAGAUUGAGACCACAGAACUGCAAGAGAGGAAAGCGUUUGUUGUCAGAAUGAGACAAACUGUGAAGGAAAUGAAAGAUCACAUUACAAGUCCUUCUGCUGUGGCAUUUGGAGAAAGGAGAAACCAACAGGGUCUGCUUGGAGGCACGGAAGGUCAGCACAAGCCCAUGGACAGAUAUAGGCACCUAGACCAGGAGCUGGAGAAUACCAACUACCAGUACAUCGAGGAGCGUAUGGCCCAGCAGCGGCUGAUAAUGGAACAGCAAGAUGACCAACUGGAGCUGGUCCUGGGGAGCAGUGCGGUCCUAAAGAGCAUGUCAACACGGAUUGGCGAUGAGUUGGAGGAACAGGCGGUGAUGCUCGAUGAAUUUUCCCAUGAGCUUGAUGGCAGCCACUCCCGGCUCGACAGCACAAUGAAAAAAUUGGCCAAAGUUUCUCACAUGACCAGUGCUCGGCAUCAGUGGUGUAUGAUUGUUGUUCUCCUCAUCAUCCUGGUCGUGGUGCUCAUAUUAUUAUUCACCCUGUGACCUUUGACCCUGAGACGUUGAACUGUGAACCACUCGGGUUGCCGGGGGUAAUCAGCAACGGGAGUUAUCGCCAUUGGAGACAUCAGCAGCAGCAGCGAGUUCCGUGGAACUCCAUUUAGAUCUGGGGCAGAGUUCUCCAAAUGGCCAAACUUACUUUUUCUGAGCUUUUUUAUUGGACCUCUGGGCUGUAUCCAAUAUGGCUGAACCUGCCGCACAUAUGUGGUGCAGGAAGAAUGUAAAAUACUGUUUUUUUUAAUGUUUGGAAUGGGUUAGCUUGAACUUAUUAGGAUGUUAAUAGUGGAUACUAAGUAGUUACUUUAGAUUAGGAACAAAACAUAACCUGCAGCUUCAUGGCUUAUGAAUAAGAGUUAACCACAAACUCAGCUUCCCUCCACUGACGGACACAUAUCGACUGUCAGUUCAGAUGUAUGACUGCUAAAGCAUUGUGUCAUUAAUAGGGAAGGUAAUCUUUCAGCUGAAGAAUGGAGGUGAUGAGGGAUUUUCUGGGCUUUGAGCAGGUAUUCCAAACAGGUUGGAGUUUCGGUAACUCUCAGCAACUCCUGUGAAAGAAAUACUGCAGUCUGACUCCUCUUGGAGGAAAUGUACCAGAACCCUUUUGUCCUUGCGGGCACUGUGCAUCACCAUUCUUAAUCAGGAGACCAUGGAUUCAAGUCUCACCCCAGAAACCCAAACACACAAUCCAGGGUGACUCUCCAAAUUCUCAGGUGGACAUUAACAUUCCCUUCGCACCAAUUCUAAAGGAGCAAUCUUCUGUUAUAGAAUGGACCAGAAAUAAAGGUUGCAUCAUCAUUGCAAGUUUCACUGAGGCUCAGGCAGCACUCUCAUCCCUUUCCAAAACUUUUAUUUCAGAGCUUUUUCUUAGUUAUUUUAAAUUUUGAUCAUUUCCAGCAAUGAAAUGUAUGUCCCGAUCAAGAUGGGAGUGUGUUUUUGAGCAAGAUUUGACAGGCUGGUUUCCCCAAUACAUUGCUACUUUUAUUGUCAGUUGUCACUGGGGAGGAGGUGAAAUGCAUACGAUGUAAUCUUAGCAAGUUACUUCAGUGCACCCCCAUAGACAGUACAUGUCACAGUCUCAAGUGCCUGUGGUGGAGGGAGUGCAUUGAUACAAAUUCCUCCUGUCCUAGAUGGUAUUGGGUGGAGGAUGUUGGGUUUAUGCCUAAUCCUGUGAGUAUUCCAGCACCAGCUGCCCGUGCCAGUUCAUGAGUGAUUGGAUUUGACUUAACAACCAGAGAUUGGCAUGUUCCCAGGCUGAUUGCCUUUCUCGUUCAUGCACUGGGCCAUCACAAUUUGAGGAUUGCCAUACUCCAGAAAUAAAUUUUGGUAAGGUAGUGGAAGAAGAACUUUUGCAGAGUGUGGACAAAUCUCAAACGUGCUUUACGCAAUGAAUUCUGUUCUUUUCUAGCUGCUGACAGUUAUCUUAUUUGAGGUACAGAGUGCAGAAACCAAUAGUUCAAAAAAAUAGUACAUGAACUUGCAUUUCUGUGUUUACACUUAAGGUACUGAUUUUUCACUGGGAAGAGGGGUGAUGUUUAAAUAUCAGGAAGUAAUGGUGAGGAGGAAUGUGUAGCUCCAGCAGGGAUAUCUCUGCUAUUGUUUGAUAAUUACAGUAUAACACUUUCAUAUUAAAAUGUGACAAUGAAGAGAGUUGAAACUGUGUAGAAAAGUAUUUGUAAUAAAAUAGACAUUUAAAAAGA